UAGCCUUUACCCAUUAAUUGUUCCCGUAUAAAUACAGUUACAAUCCCAGCAAUCAAAUUCCACCUAUUAGCUUAUACAUACGUACAUACCGGAUUGAGUUCGGACCAAAAUAUUCCUUCGCAAAAUCAAGAAAUCAACCAUGCCCAAAUCAAGCUCUCUCUACCCAGAAGUGAAUGAAUCAAACCCAGAAUCUAUAGAAUCACAACUCUUUGCUUGUGCAGAUAAGAAAAGACCCACUUCGCCUUCCUCCUCAUCCUCUUUGCACCCUUCUGUCGAUUUGAAUGAUGUGGCGCGAAAGCUCUUUCCGGACGGCGAAGACGACCACGACGUUCAAGUGGAGAUUCAGGAGGAUCCAGACAGUCAGAGGAAUGUUUUGGAGUCAUCUGAGGAAGUAAUUAUCAAAAUCCCAGGUGCUAUAGUGCAUUUGAUUGAUAAAGAGCAGAGUGUCGAGCUCGCAAAUGGAGAACUCUCAAUUAUUAUGCUCCGGCAAGGUGAUAACGUCGUGGCUAUGUUUGCUAGGAUCGAAGAUGAAAUUCAGUGGCCCUUGGCUAAAGAUGAAGCUGCAGUUAAGCUUGACGAGUCCCAUUAUUUUUUCACUUUACGAGUCCCGCCCGAAAGUACUGACGGUGUCGGGAGCGAAGAGAAUGUUUUGAAUUAUGGGCUGACGAUCGCUGCAAAAGGGCAGGAAGGAUUGUUGAGGGAGUUGGAUGGUGUGUUGGAGAAGUACAGUGCAUUUAGAGUGGAGAAGAUGGCAGAGAAAGGGGCGGCUGAAGGCUGGUGGGCGCUGGCUAAGGAUGUCUCGCCGGAGGAGAUGGAGAGAGAUGAGAAGAAGGGUCAGUUUGUGGAGAAGAGCUCUGCUGCGUAUUGGACUGCGCUGGCUCCUAACGUGGAGGAUUACAGUGGAGGUGUUGCGAGGAUGAUAGCGGCAGGAUCAGGGCACCUGGUGAAGGGGAUAUUGUGGUGUGGAGAUGUUACAGUGGACAGGUUGAAGUGGGGAAAUGAGUUCGUGAAGAUGAGGAUGGGCGCGGGAACAGAGUCUGAGAUCAGUUCUGAAGCUCUUAGUAGGAUGAAAAGGGUCAACAAGAUGACAGAAAUGUCCGAGGAAUUGGCUACAGGAAUACUUUCCGGGGUUGUGAAAGUGUCUGGAUUCUUCACGAGUUCAAUAGCAAACUCAAAGGCAGGGCAAAAGUUUUUCAGCCUUCUUCCUGGGGAGAUUGUUCUGGCGUCCUUGGAUGGAUUUAACAAGGUGUGUGAUGCUGUUGAGGUUGCCGGGAAAAAUGUGAUGUCAACCAGCGCAGUUGUAACAACAGACCUUGUUUCUCAGAAGUAUGGGGAACAAGCAGCAGGGGUGACACAUGAAGGACUUGGUGCUGCAGGGCAUGCUAUUGGGACUGCCUGGGCUGUGUUCAGGAUUAGGAAGGCUUUCAACCCCAAGAGUGUAAUAAAACCUUCUACUCUUGUGAAAGCUACUGCUGAGGCUAAUGCUCCCAACCUCAAGGCUGGAGAGAAAAUGUAACAGGAGAUAUAUGAACCUAUAAUUCCUUGAGAAUUCUCUAUAGGACCAGUAUGUUGCUUGUGUUAGAACUUAGAAGUGUAGGCAGUGGUUUGGUUUUCUAAUCCGCUAGGGGAUUUUUCUUUAUACAAAAGAAUGUAAAUGCUAAUGACAGUAAUUUUAUCUGUUUUGAGUUUUGAGACACUUCU